UCUACCGUGUCCAUCCAACAUUGAUUGCACGAUCGUUAGCAUAUUGCAGGUGCUCAGCGUAUCUCGAUUCCAGUAGCGCAUCGUCCAGGCUUGCUGCAAACAGUUAGGGUUGGUACAACCCAGCAAUCCGUGGACUUUUUCAAUCUUGCCUUCUCGUUGUCGAUAAGGUCUUGAAUGAGGUCGUUCUUUGAAUUUUUUCUCCACAAACUCAGAUGAGGAACAGCGAGGGCAAACAGAUGAGGUCUUGUACUCGUCGAGAAGGAAACAAUCAAUGCGGUUGCGCUUAAAGAGGGUGCGCCAGCCUUUUGUCUUUGAUGAGGUCUGAAAUCUUGCAGUUCGACCGGCAUCGCUCCAAUCACCCAUUACAACAGAGUGCCAUUUCCAUCGAGUAUGAGCAGGAUGCGAAUAGAAGUCCUUGCGGCGGUUCCAGUCGACACAACGGACGAGGAGGUAGCGGAGGAAAUCCAUGAGGUUCAUCGUCUUGUGAGAUGGUAUUCGCGAUUCUAUAAGGUCCAUUCCCGCUUCCUUCUUCAUCUGCUGCCGUUCCUUUGCAAAUCGCCGGCUACCAGUCUCCUUGCAGCGUUGAUUGGCGGUAUAGUGAAACAUCGUCGCACCAUUGCUGUCUUGGCAGUAGAGAAGGUCGCGCUUGUUUGGGUCAAUAAUGACGACAUUUUCUGCUGCUCGACAAGCAGGCAAGUUGUUCUCCACAUAUACUGCCUUCACCUCAGCUUCUAGAGUCUUUGCUGACUUUCUCGCUCCGCGCUUUCCAUACUUGUCUGCUUCGGGGUGCUUUAGGUAUACAGACACCGAGGUUCCGUCCGUCGUGAUCGAGCCUUCAAACUGCAUACUGCGGCGAGACUGAAAAGCUUUGGUACGUAGAUUACAGACACGCAACCACAGAUCAUCCUUCUCUAUGGCUUCUGCCUCUCUGCGUCUGCGGGGGAUGCAAAGAACAUGAGAAUAGAGGAUGACGGUGUCAAUGCGUAUAUGGCUUUGGAUGAGGGAGCGGCGAAGAGGUAUGGCGCUAAACCAUCGAAAUCCAUGAUGCUCAUAGAGCGGGAGAGUUUGCAGUAUGCAGGCAAGAAGGACAUCGCGUCGAUGGCAAUGAGAAUGCUCAAGUCAUCCAGCGAUUCUGGCAUUGUUUCGAAAAGGAAAACUGACUUCAAGUAGCGUAGCCGAGCAAAGAAAGCUUUUCGCGCUUCACUCUUUGGAGGAAAUUGCCCUUUCCGUCCCUUCACGUCAAGCCGCAGAUUGAUAUACCGAAGGAUCAUCUGCAUGAAAUGCUCUUGGACGUUGACUUUCAGGUUCGUCAUCAUACUCAUUGUCAGGUAAUUGACUGAUUGCUGCUCUUUUUGUAGAUUUGGAUGAACGAAGCCGACGAUGUGGCAGUACCGUCGGACAUAGGGCAGCAAGCAUUCGCGCAAUGCCCUUUUCGCAUCAGUUUUUGGUUGCCAAGCCUCUCCUUUGUUGAGAAGAUAGAGAAUUGCUUCGAUGGUCUCCUCGUUUACGGUGAAGGAUGGUGCAGAUAGGAUGUAGAAUUUGAGAGUGUGGGAAGCAUGGUCAGCAAGUUGAUGGAUCAUGGCAAUGUAAUCUAGAAGCCGUUGGCGGUAGAUCUCGUUUGGCAGGAAAGCUUUUGCAAAGGAAGUCUUGUUGCAGGUAUGUAAGCAAGUAGGUUUGUCGAGUUUUUCGAGUUUUUGCUUUUUCUUUGGUGGCAUGAUGAUAUCUGUGGAAAAAGACGAAAGCCUGGGAAAAUGGGCCCGACAACUUAUAUAGGACUUUUUGGAUCAAACCAUAGUUCAUGAGUCUAAAUCGAGUAAAAUUAUGAUUAAAUUGGUUGGAAUCUUUGUACUAGUGCCAAUACCCAUCGGCUCCGCACUAUGUACAAGGGUUGAGAACUGGGCCAAAUCUUGUUCCCAUGAAGCAUCGUUCAUGGACAUCAUCAAUGUAUCCUGGAUGGACGGAGCUAAUGCCAAUUAAUAACUUCAACAUAAUUGGCUCCAAAUCAUCCGAAUCAUCAAUGAAAUCUACCAUGUCUUAUGCUUUCGAUCAAGUGUCAACUAAAUUGGAGUCUGUCUUUCAGCAUGGCUUUCUCGCAACGUCUAAGGCUCGUCUCAAAAACAUGAAGCCAUAAUUUCAUAGAGCAUAUAUCGUGCUCCAAACGAGAGGCAGAUCUGCUAGCACCGAGGUGGCUCAUUCUUGCUUUUACUGUCCUCCUUCUAUGCGAACAUUGCU